UCCAUUAGCCAGCGCCAUGAGCGACGACGAGGGUGAGUAUGCUGCCGAUGCCAUGCUGUCCGAGGACGAAGAUGAGAUCCGCGAGUUCAUCGUCCCGCUGCAUGUGGACGACCUCGAGCUCGUCAAGCGCGACCGCAUCUACGUGAGCCACGUGACCGACUUUGCCGAGCUCCACAAGACCGUGCACAUGACCCAGCUCAAGGAGCUGCAGCGAACGAUCCACGCCAACCCGUUCGGGAUUGUCGACGCCGAGGCCUUUGACGUCCUCUACAGCUUCCUCAAAGCGGUCAAGCACCUCAACGACGAAGCGCGGCUCCUGCUCCUGCUGUUGACCAACUCGGCGCUCAGCGACAUUGCCAAGCUCCUUCGGCGCUCCAAAAAAGAGAACUCUCGCCGCGCGCGGAACGCCCUCAAGAUUGCUGCGUACGUCUUGUGCCAACUGCUCAUGAAGAUCUCCAAGCUCACGGCCGAGCACGACAAGGACAUUGUGCACAAGAAGGACAAAGCGGCCAAGUCCAAGAUGGUGCACUGGGCCAAGCAGUUUGAAACCAGCGUUGAGACGCUGCAAAAGUCGCUUUGCGACGAGACGCUCGCGCUCUGGAACAUGCGAUUGCCGGAAGAGGAAUUCAUUGGCGUCUACUGCACGGCCGUCUUCCAGCUCCUCGAGAGCCCGCUCUUCAUGCGGUCCAAGCCCCUCAAGUUUCACUGCUACAACCUCGUGUCCGAGUGUCUCUUGCGUGUGCCCAGCGUGCACGUGACAGUCACGACGUCGCUUCUCGAGCUCAUCUUUGCGCACGAGCACCUCUCGGUGCCGCUCGGCGACUUGAUCCAGUUCCUCCAAGCCAAGCAUUCGAACGCCAAGAUUGCGGCCGAUCUCAUCAAUGAAAUCGCCAAAAUCCGCCAGCGCGAAUCGUCGCGCGACGUCUCAGGCACGAAGAACGUGUCGGCCUUCUUCACGCACCUUUCCAAGCUCAUGCCGUCCGUGGUCCUCGCCAACUUGUCAAUCGUGCUCCCGCUUUUGGACGCCGAGUCGUACUACCUCCGGAACGCUGUUGUCUCGGCCGUGACCAACAUCCUCGUCGCUGAUCGACUUGCCAAGAAGAAGGCGGAGCGACUCGCGUCCGCGACGUCCGAGGGCCAACCCGAUGCAAGCGACGACGACGAAAACGACGACGAGAAUGACGAAGGCCGCGUCAUCGUCGACGAAAAGUUCCGCGUCCUCUCCAAGAACCGGCGCGACUCACUCUUUGCAGUGCUCGAAGACCGUGUUCAUGACGUCAACUCGUUUGCGCGCAGUCACGUGAUCAAAUGUUUCAAGGACCUCGUCGAGCGUGACGCAGUGCCGCUGCUGCAAAAGCCGGCGCUCACCAAGCUCGUGGUCGCGCGCAUGAGCGACAAGACGGCGACCGUGCGCAAGAACAGUAUCCAGCUGCUCACGGCGCUGCUCGAGCACAACCCGUUUGAAGGCAAGCUCGACCGGAGCUACUACGUCCAGCACAUGGCACGAAUCGCGGACGAGAUGCAGGGUCUCCAAGCCGUCUUGAUGGACGACGUUGAGGAGACCAUGACGCGACGCAUCUCGGGCAUCCACCUCAACGAAGACCAAGUCGCGGAGAAGGAGACGCAGAAGGAGCUCGAGCUCGAGAAGCUCAAGAAGAUUUACAACUUUUACGCCCAAGCGCUCGAGUUUAUCGACAUUAUGGAGAAGGUUGCGAUCCCGCUCCUGAUUCAGCUGCUGCGCAGCUCGACGGGCUCGGACGUGCUUGAGGCCAUCGCGUUCUUCCAUGCGGCGCACGCGUUUCAAUUUCAGCAAGCGACGCGCGGCAUCCGCGGCAUGCUCAUCCUCAUCUGGCGCUCGGACCCGUCGAUCCAAGAAGCAGUCCUCAAGACGUUCCAGUCGGUGCUCUUCUUUGUGCCCAACACAGACAACCAGCUGACGCCGGCCGAGGCGGCCAAGACGCUGCUCAAGUUACUGGACGGGUGCACGGUCAGCGACUCAACGUGUCUAGAGCAGUUGCUCUCGGUACUGCACGCGCAACACAUGAUCCCGGAGCGCGUCAUCAAUGCGCUUUGGGACCUCUGCAACGCCGAGUCGUCGUGCCACACGAUUGGCCACGCGAUUUGGCUGCUCUCGAUGCUCACGACGACCAAGACGACGCACCGCCACACGCGUCUUCUGCUCCUGCUCGAGCACGGGCUUGGGCCGCGCGUGCAGGCCGAGCACAACUGGCUCUGUGUGCGUGCGACGUCGCAGAUGCUGCAGCGCUGGAACCUCAAGGACAAGUCGGGGGGCGCCAACAUGAUUGACCACAUUGCGAAGCUCGUCAUGCGCCUCCAAGCGUUUCUGACGACGAACGAAGACACGAACGCCGACUGGUUUGACGCGGCGCAGCAAGCGAUCGAGGCGCUCUUCCAUGUGUGCCAGUACCCCGAGGAGCCCUGUGGUGACGUUAUUGCGACGUGGUCGGCCAUGAUCUUCCCGAAAACGGACGAGGACAUGGAGGGCGCCGCGUGCACGGCGACGGAGCUCGCCAAGUUUGUAUUCCUCUUGGGGCAUAUCGCGAUCCGCAUGGCCGUGUACGUCGAGUCGGUGGCGAGUUCGGUGAAGGAAGCCCGCAGCAAGAUCAAGCCGUCGGCCGACGAGCCGCAACAGAGCAUGGAAGAGGAGCUCGGCAUGACGGCCGAGAUCGAAGCGCACGACGAAGAGAUGCUGCAGGAGCUCACGCAGCACGAAAUCGUUGGCACGAACCUCCUGGGCGCGUACGGACCGAUUCUGGUGCGGCUCGUGGCCAACGAAGACGGCUGCUUUGAUGACGAGAUGAUCAAGGAGACAGCGACCGUCGCGCUGUGCAAGUUUAUGUGCAUCUCGUCCGACUUUUGCGAGAAGAACCUCCCACUCGUCUUUACCAAGCUCAAAGAAUCGGAACAGCCGUCCGUGCGCUGCAACAUUGUGGUCGCGCUUGGCGACCUCUCGUUCCGGUUUCCGAACCUCGUCGAGCCGUGGACGUCCCACAUUUACGCGCGGCUGCGGGACAUUGAUACGAACGUGCGCAAGAACACGAUCAUGGUGCUCACGCACCUGAUCCUCAACGACAUGGUCAAGGUCAAGGGCCAAAUUAGCGAGAUCGCGCUCUGCUUGGUUGACGACGAAGCGCGAAUCAAGGACCUCGCCAAGCUCUUUUUCCACGAGCUCUCCAAGCGCGGGAACAACCCGAUCUACAACAUGCUACCGGAUACGAUCGGUCGGCUCUCGACGAGUGACCUUUCAAAAGAGUCGUUCCGGGAAAUCACCAAGUUUUUGAUUGGCUUUAUUCAAAAAGACAAGCAAAACGAGAGCCUCGUCGACAAGAUGUGCCAGCGGUUUGUCACGACGACCGAGAAGGCGCAGUGGCGGGACCUGGCGUUCUGCCUCUCAAACCUCUCGUUCAACGAGAAAGCGAUCAAGAAGCUCCUCGAGCAAAAGAAGGUCUUUAAGCAGUGUCUCCAGGACGACGUGGUCUUCGAGUCGUUUGAGCAAAUCGUCGCCAAGUGCAAGAAAUUCUGCAAGCCCGAACUCAAAGAGACGGUCGACGAACUCGAGCGCGUGAUUCAGUCGCUCCGGGCCAACGAGAACGAAGAGGACGCCGAGGCGUCGUACCACAGCCAAAAGCCGGCCGAGAAGCGCAAGAAGCCGGUCGCAGGCGCAACACCCCGCAAGGCGCGGGCCAAACGCACAAAGAAGGCCAAGGUCGUGUUCGACGACGAGGACGAAGACGAGGUCAUGGAGUAGUCAUAAGGUGGAGUCAACACGAGUUGUUACGUCAAGAA